ACCUGAGUACAACAUCCAAUGCACAACGUACAACAAAAUCACUCAUCACAAAACUCACAGCUCAUAGGUACCUGUCUUCAUCUCUCAGCAUCUUCAUCUGAUUCAACUCUCAAGUUUUCGAUCCGAUUCAUGACGUAAUCGACCUGCAUUGUUCUGAUCUGAUUAGUUCAUACACAAUUUCAAUCUGUUACAGUUUGGAAGAAAUUCACCGUAGUCACAACAUUUUCCAGAUCUGAGUUGAGAAAGUUUUGUGAUUCACCGAGGAUCUGAAUCGGUGAACUAUGGCGUUUUCGAUUUCGAGCAUCAGCGAGGAGCUCGGCGAGAUUGACGGACAGAUUGCUGAUAUUUUUCGAGCACUUUCAAAUGGAUUUCAAAAGUUUGAGAAGAUCAAAGAUGCAAGCAGGCAGAGUAGGCAGUUGGAAGAUCUCACCGGAAAGAUGCGCGAAUGUAAAAGGCUUAUCAAAGAGUUUGAUAGAGAAGUCAAGGAACUAGAACACACAGUUGAUCCUGAUACCAGCAAGAUACUGAAUGAGAAAAAACAAUCAAUGGUCAAGGAGUUGAAUUCAUACGUUGCACUGAAAAAACAAUAUGCAACCAACAUUCAAAAUAAACGUGUUGAUCUCUUUGGUGGGCCCGCUGAAGGAUUUGAGGAAGACAAUGGCUUACAAGCCUCAUCCAUGACAAACCAGCAACUAAUGGAUAACGGUCAUCAAAUGAUGGAUGAAACUGACCAAGCUAUUGAACGGUCAAAAAAGGUUGUUCACGAGACAAUAAAUGUGGGAACCGAGACUGCAGCAGCACUUAAAGCACAAACAGAACAAAUGAGUAGAAUUGUUAAUGAACUUGAUUCAAUUCAUUUUUCAAUCAAGAAGGCUUCUCAAUUAGUGAAGGAAAUUGGUAGGCAGGUUGCAACUGAUCGAUGCAUCAUGGCUUUGCUCUUCCUUAUUGUGGUUGGUGUUAUAUCUAUAAUUAUUGUGAAGCUUGUUCAUCCAAACAACAAAGACAUUCGCGAUAUUCCCGGAUUAGCCCCUCCUGCUCCUAGCCGAAGACUUCUAUGGAUCUCUGAAUAACGGAAUCAAAAGCAUAAAUUUACAGUAUAAGUGGAUUUAUUCAGGGUAAAACUCGUUGAUUACAAGGAAAAACAGACUGCAAAUCAAGCGAUUAUCUGUUUGGUUUUCUGACCUAUCAAUAUUUGUUUUCUGUUAGCGGUUAUUGUUUGAGAAAGUUAUCGCCUUUUUUGGAUCGAGGGAGAUUUGUGUACAAUAUUCACUCUUUGCCAUUCUACCUGGUCAUACUAAGACAUUUGUACAAGUGUUGUGUACCAAAUUACAACCUUAGUUUCUAUUUGUAUGUCUUGUCGUUUGCACUCUUAUACCAAGUGAGCGGUUUUCUGGGGAUGUAUAAACGAAUCAUGUAUAAGCGAGAGUGUGUAUCCACUGCCUCAUUUCAUCUCUUUGUAUGUCUUAUUUUUGAUGGUUUAGUUGUGGUU